AUGAUCCGGACGGACUGUUUGUAUUCUUCCGAUAAUCUGUACAUGAUUCGGCAAAAGGAGGAUGAGCCCCUUAGGGAAUACGCUGCAUGUUUCAGUCACGAGUACUCAAGGUGUCCAGAAACGAAUGACAAGUAUUCAGUAGGCCACAAAAGGAAAGACAACCAUGAUGCUCAGCAGGGGCACUCAAAGAAAGGAAAAGGGAAGGACGGUCGCAACGACCACCGAGCGCCGUUAUCGAAUCAUGAACGCAGUCAGGAAGUUUUAACCUUGCUUAAUACUACCUACGAAGCCGUUCUAAUGAACGAGCAAGAGAUAAUACCCAAACCGGUCAACCGGAAACUCAAUUGGCAAGACAAUCGGGACAGUGGGAAGUUCUACCUAUACCAUCAACACAAUAGCCAAAAUACCGAAGAGUGCCUAAGUCUGAGGAAAAUCAUCGAGCGUUUGAUUCGGGAGGGAAAACUGGACCAGUACAUUGCCAGACCACCACAAGCGCCGGCUCUGAACGUGAAUCGACAGAUUAAUAUGAUUAGCACCAUUAGUGGAGGUCCCACUCUUGCUGGUAUAUCCAACCGGUCAAGGAAGCAGUACGUUCGAGCAGCACAAUACCCCCAGGUCUUCGAAAUAGAGGUCAAUCGGCAUCAUAAAACACAGAGGGUUAGGUGGGAAUCUAUCACGUUCUGUGAGGAAGUAGAAUAA